ACAUUCCCAUAUCAUUUUCUCCUAUUUAUUUAUAUAUACUGCAGCCUCCUUCGUAUGUUGUACGUACGUAAUAAUCAGUAGCUGUAGCUAUACUCCCCCAUCUAUCUAUCUCCCUCCCUCUCUCUCAUAUCUACUUUGAAUGGCGCCGAUGAGUUUGCCUCCAGGUUUCAGGUUUCAUCCAACAGACGAAGAGCUAGUGGCAUACUAUCUGGACAGGAAGGUCAACGGCCGAACCAUUGAGCUUGAGAUCAUCCCCGAAGUUGAUCUCUAUAAAUGCGAGCCAUGGGAUUUGCCUGAGAAGUCAUUUUUGCCGGGGAACGACAUGGAAUGGUACUUUUACAGCACAAGGGAUAAGAAGUACCCGAAUGGAUCUAGGACAAACCGUGCGACCCGAGCGGGUUACUGGAAAGCCACAGGGAAAGACCGUGCAGUAGAAUCAAAGAAAAUGAAGAUGGGGAUGAAGAAGACACUUGUUUAUUACCGAGGAAGGGCUCCUCAUGGCCUUCGUACUAAUUGGGUGAUGCAUGAAUAUCGUCUCACUUCCUCCUUUUCUAUCCAGGAAUCUUAUGCAUUGUGCCGUGUGUUUAAGAAGAAUAUACAAAUUCCAAAGAGGAAAGAAGAAGAAGAGAUGAGUACUAGUACUGUUGGGAAAGAGGAGGAAGAAGUGAAGUGGAAAAAGUAUGAUGGGGAGAGGAUGGAAAUUAGAGAAAGCGAAGAAGUGGAAAGCUUAAAAAUAGCAUCAGCGGAGACAUCCUCAUCAGAGCUCACUCAAGGGAUCCUUUUAGACGAAGCUAACAGCUCAUCCAUUUUUGCCCUUCAUUUCUCGUCUUCUCUUCUCGACGAUCAUGAUCAACUUUUUGAAAACUACCCUCAGCUUCCCAGCCAUCCUCCUCCUCUACAGCUCCAAGAUUUCCCUCAGCUCUCUAUGAACGAAGCAGAGAUCAUAUCAAUGGACAACUCCAAGCAACAAGACUUUCAGUACAGAGACUCGUUAGAUGGGACUCUUGACGAGAUAUUCUCUUUUGCUUCUUCCACCACCUUGCCCCCAUCACUUUAAUAUAUAAUCCUUAUUUUCAUAUUCACACUUCUUUUCUUAACCUACUGAAAACUAUAUUGAUAGUUCAGAUAUAUCGUUUUUUCUUUCUUUUUGUCUUCUGAAUUGGUGUAAGUGUAACCCUAUGGCAAAAGGUUUUUGGUUGUUGAGUUUUUUUCUACCACAAAAAAUCAAAACAUUCAUUAGAGUUUUUUUUCUUUUUUAAUCUUAAAGAGUGUGUGCUUAGUAGUGAGUCCGUAGAUCAACAUUUGUAAUCUACAUUGUUCAUUGUUCU